GCGACGCCACCGACUUCUUUUAUUUCCUUUCCAUCUCUUUCCUCGACAAAACCCUAUUAUAUUCUUUUGUUCUUUCAUUUUUCCCGUCGCUAAAUCUCGGAAGACCGUCGCCGAGCACCGUGUCAGUUGAUUGAUCAAAUGUCGGGUUAAGAAGCAUAUCUGGAAGAGAAAAUCUGCUUCUUUGAUCAUGGAUCCGGUAAUGGAGAAAACCAACCAACAUCAACCGGAAGAGAAGCGGGAAACGCCUUUACCGCUUCAACGAAACGCCAACAACUUGAAACCAGUCCCGAAGCGUUUCGUCAAGAACCAAAUCCCUGACUCGAUCCUCAACGACGCCUCCCUGAACGCCGCCAUUUCCCUUCUUCCUUCCAACUACAAUUUCGAAAUCCAUAAAUGCGUGUGGCGCGUCCGUUCUACGGGCGCCAAGCGAGUCGCCCUUCAGUUUCCCGAAGGGCUCCUUAUGUACUCCCUUGUUAUCUCCGAUAUCCUUACCUCUUUCGCUGACGUCACUCACUGCUUUAUCCUCGGCGACGUCACUUACGGUGCAUGCUGCGUCGACGACCUCUCCGCCACUGCCCUUGGUGCCGAUUUGUUAAUCCAUUAUGGUCACAGCUGCUUAGUCCCAAUCGAUUCCACGAAAAUCCCUUGCCUUUACGUCUUCGUCGAGAUUAAAAUCAACGUCGAUGGUCUAAUUAACACAAUCGAACACAACCUCACUUCUUCCAGGGAAUCCGUUGUCCUUGCUGGUACGAUUCAGUUUUCCUCGGUGAUUAGAUCGGCGAAGCCAGAGCUAGAAAAACGAGGGUUUAGGGUUUUAAUUCCUCAGUCAAAACCUUUAUCCGCCGGUGAAGUUUUAGGUUGCACCGCCCCCAAAAUUGGUACCAUGGCAAAUGCUAAUGAAACCGUGGCAGUUUUCGUGGCAGACGGGAGGUUUCAUUUGGAGGCGUUUAUGAUAGCGAAUCCAGGGAUCAAGGCUUUUCGAUACGAUCCUUAUUUAGGGAAGUUGUUUUUGGAGGAAUAUGAUCAUAAGGGGAUGAGGGAAACGCGAAGGAGAGCCAUAGAGAAGGCCAAAAGAGCCAAGAGUUGGGGGAUUGUGUUGGGGACAUUGGGGAGGCAAGGCAAUCCUAGGGUUUUAGAGAGGUUUGAAGGGAAAAUGAGGGAGAGAGGAUUUGAUUAUACUAUUAUUUUGAUGUCGGAAAUUAGUCCUACGCGGAUUGCUUUGUUUGAGGAUGCUGUGGAUGCUUGGAUUCAAAUUGCUUGUCCUAGGCUCUCUAUUGAUUGGGGUGAUGCGUUUGUAAAACCUUUGUUGACUACAUUUGAGGCAGAGAUUGCGCUUGGGGAGAUAUCCGGGUGGUGGGAGAGAGAUGGUUGUGGUUCUUGUGGAAAUGGGUUGCAUCGUGGGGAGAGUAAAUCAUGUUGUGGUUACAGGGGAAGAGAGGAUUUUCAUGGGGAUUAUCCGAUGGAUUAUUAUGCACAGGAUGGUGGAGAAUGGAAUUCCUCUUAUGUGAAGAAGUCGGCUCGUCCGGUGAGGAGAAAUAUUGUACCUCCCUCCGGUAAUGGUGCUGUUCUUUAGCUGCUUGGGGAGGGACAAUUGAAACUCUGUAUUCAUGUGAGCAUGUCUAACUUAUGUCAUUUCUAUCAUCUAAUUGAUAGGAGUUUUCAACAUAGAUGUUUUUGGAAUACCUCUUUUUGUUUUUCAUGUUUCCAUUGUAAAGUAGAAGAUCAUAGAAUGUGCUAUAGGUGCUAUAUGGCCAGAAAUUAAUACAGCUUGAAGAUCACUCGGAGUUAAAAGGGUUGCUGAUAUUGUUGUUUCUGUUUCUAUAAGUUGUAUCAAUGGAAAGAAGUUUUGCACUACCAAAUUGGGGUUUAUGUUUCUGUUUCUAUAAGUUGCAUCAAUGGAAAGAAGUUUUGCACUACCAAAUUGGGGCUUAUGUUUUCAGAUAGAUGGUUUAAAUGUGUGUAUGGAGUAUUCCAUUUUAGACCAAAUUCUUUGGUAUAUCUUUCAAUAUUUACUGGAUAGACAAUCUUUAUUGUUUUUAUUUCUUGCUACUUACAUCACUU